AUGGGAGGUGAAAUCACGAUGAAAGCUAUCGGUGGACAAGCAGUCGUGGUCGUUGUUGCAAUGCGGACUGCGGUUCACACAGGGCGUUGCGGAGAGUGGGGAGGCACCGGACGGGGGCAGCGCAUGGACGAACAUAGGGCAACGUCAAUGACGACUCGAGCGGUAGAUAGGCGGAGGACGGGGAAGGAUGCGGGAAGAGAGCAACGACGGCGGGAUCGCAAAAGCAGCGUAAAAGAGGGGAGAGUGUCAGAGGCUGGAGCAGCAGCAGCAGCAGCAGCAGUAGGAGGAGGAGAAUGCAAUGUAGAUAGCAGCUGUGGCGGGAGCUGGGGGUGGUUUGAUUUGGCGGAGCUGGGUGUCGGGGCAAAGAAAAAGAAAAAAAAAAAGGGUUGUGGUGAGAUGAUGACUGGGAAGGAUUGA